AUGCCGGCAUCGUCGUUUAAAGACAAAUCCUCGGUUAGGAAGGUGAAAUUCCCUUUCCUCCUACCGGGUGGUAAGGUGACACUGCUGGGCUCUUGCAACGGAUUGGUAUUUCUAGUUGUUCAGAUUAACUUUGGCGAAUAUUUUUAUACAUGUAACCCAUCAACUGGAUUGUUUAAACAAUUACCAUCCCCGGGCUCAGAUGAGGAUCACCUAAGCUAUAUUGGUGGUGGCGGUGUUGACUAUGUUUCGGCCACUGACGACUACAAAGUUCUCACAGCCUACUUUGAAGAAUAUGAGGAAGUUGAAGUGAUCCAGAUGUUCUCAUUGAGAGCUCAGGGUUGGACAAGAAUUGAAGACCCAGGGGAGACCGGCAGCCUGUGUCUCAGUUAUUCUGUGGCUCUUUCCAAUGAGGCACUUCACUGGCUAAAUUACGAACAAGAUCAAAUAUUUGCUUUUGAUCUUGCAAAAGAGGAGUUACGGACAAUGCUAGUGCCUAAUUUUUUUCAAGUUCCAUCCCCUGUAUUGAGGUUUCUCAUGGAGGGUGCCUGUGUGUAUCGCUUUAUCGGAUGGGUACUUGUGACUCUAUUGAUUUCUGGGUGA